UGGGAGAGAGGUGAUGAAAGGGCAGGCCGGGAGGUGAAGGAUGUGCCGGGCUGGCUGUGGGUUGGCGUUCGUGGUUCGUGAUUUCCUGGGUACGGCGGGUUAGAUGUUUGAUGACGCUCAGGCAAAUUUAAUGAGAGACGAUUUCCGAAGUGUGGAGUUUAGCCCGCUCGUUGUGAGUCCGGUGAUGGGCCAGCAUCUCGGGCCGCGACAACGGCCACUUGCUCUCGGGCUUUCAUAUCAUCUCUGCCUCGCCAACCGCCAGGGAAUCUUACUCGCGGUUGGUUCAUUGCAGCCAGCGAACAACAAUGGCGCACAAAAUUUCUUUUCGAUCUUCCCGCGCACAAGAAUCCACCGAUCACAGACGGCCAACUCUCGUGCCCUCAGUCGUUCUGGAUUCCGACUUCCGAUCCACUUUUUUCAUGAAACCAUCGACAGGUUAGCAGCAAAAGGAAACUCUCCUUCAGGUAUGAAUUUCAGUCAUCACCGACUCGAUGCAAGCAGAAACCCCGACCACUAACAGCUGGCUCGCGGUUCAGGUCUCUUUCUUGCAAUCUAUUGUCCGCGAA